AUGUUCACCCUCACGCCGCUGUUGGGCGCGCAGUCCGAGUCGGCUGCAUCGCAGUCGCUGCUGGAGCUGGAUGGAGGCGUCAAGAUCCUCGUCGACGUGGGCUGGGACGAGUCUCUGGACGCCGACAAGCUCGUCCACAUUGAGCAGAACGUGUCGACCAUCUCGCUCGUCCUCCUCACCCACCCGACCCUGAACCACCUGGGCGCAUUCGCCCAUUGCUGCAAACAUAUCCCGCUCUUCUCAUCCAUCCCCGUCUAUGCCACCACUCCGGUCGUAUCGCUUGGUCGCACCCUCACCCAGGACCUGUACGCCUCGGCAGCCCACCAAGCUUCCAUCGUCCCUGCCUCAGCUCUGGCCGAAUCGCUGUCCAAGGCUCAAGUCCCUGCCAACUUCCUGCUCCAACCUCCCACCGCCGAUGAGAUUGCCUCCUACUUCUCCCUAAUCAACCCCCUCAAGUACUCUCAGCCUCACCAACCCAUCCCAUCGCCAUUCUCUCCACCUCUCAAUGGCCUCACCAUCACCGCUUACAACGCUGGUCAUACCCUUGGUGGUACCAUCUGGCAUCUACAACAUGGCCUCGAGUCGAUCGUUUACGCUGUUGACUGGAACCAAGCAAAAGAGAACGUCUUGUCGGGUGCCGCUUGGCUGGGUGGUGCUGGUGGAGGUGCUGAAGUCAUUGAGCAAUUGCGCAGACCUACUGCCUUGGUCUGCAGUACAAAAGGUGCCGAUCGAUCACAUCUUUCGGGAGGCCGUAAGAAGCGUGACGAUGCACUACUCGCCUUGGUCAAUCAGACCAUCUCAAACGGUGGUACUGUUCUGAUUCCCACAGACUCGAGUGCUCGCAUGCUCGAACUGGCCUAUAUUCUCGAACAUCACUGGCGACAAGGCACCAAUGGUCCGAACCAAGACCUCUACAAGAACACCAAGCUAGCCUUUGCCGCAAAGUCGGCUUCUGCCACGCUUCGAUAUGCCCGGAGUAUGAUUGAGUGGAUGGACGAUGCCAUUGUGCGCGAGAUGGAGGCUGCCGUUCAAGGAAAAUCGGACAACACCCAAAAGAGCCAGACAGGUCGUGACGAAGACACUCCCUUCGACUUGAAAUAUCUCAAACUGGUCGAGAAAAAGACACAACUGCAUCGUAUCCUUGACUCUGGCAAGCCCGCUGUUAUUCUAGCAAGUGACAAGUCUCUUGAGUGGGGUUUCUCCAACGACGCAAUUCGAAAGAUUUGCAACGACCCAAGGAAUCUCGUCGUAUUGACCGAGAGAGCUGCGAACCCAUCACCGGACAACAAGGGCAUCGGCCGCUUUUUGUGGGAGCACUGGCGCCAGGCGGUGGAGUCACGAGACGAGGACGCAAAUGUCGUCGAAGUGUCGGGUGCGCAAACACAAGUGCGCCAGUUGGAUGUAGCACGUCUCGAAGGUGAUGAGAACCUCCUCUACCAACAAUACCUGGCUCGUAGACGCCAAAUGCACAGCACACUGCAAGGCGACAACACGCUCACGAAAGAAAAUGCAGCAGAAUUGGCUGAUGACGGCUCAUCGACCAGCUCUGAAUCCUCUGAUGAAUCUGAAAACGAACACCAAGGAAGAGCACUCAACAUUUCUGCAACCAUGACACACAGGCGGAAAGUAGGUCUGACAGAUGCUGAACUUGGCAUCAAUGUCCUCCUACGACGCAAGAACGUUUACGAUUAUGAUGUGCGCAACAAGAGGGGACGCGAAAAAGUGUUUCCUUACGUCGCCAAACGCGGCCGCGCAGACGACUUUGGCGAAGUCAUCCGACCAGAAGAGUAUCUUCGUGCAGAAGAGAAGGACGAUACAGAAGGCCAGGAUGCAGCAGAAGCCAAGACAGAAACUGCCGUUGGACAAAAGCGCAAAUGGGACGAGGUUGCACCUCGUGCAAUUCAGAAUGGUCGGAGUGGCAAGUUCCCCGAUAAGAGAAACAGGACCGACGACCGAGAGUCUACAAAUGCAAAGUCGACAAACCAGGAUCACGACAUGAACGGCGACGCAGCCAGCGAGUCGGAGGAGUCUGAUUACGAGCCUGAAGAAUCACUUCCAGAAGGGCCCCUCAAGGCUGUUUUCACCGAGGAGUCACUGCAGCUCAAUGUGAGGAUAGCAUACGUUGAUUUCUCUGGUCUACACGAGAAGCGUGAUUUGCAGAUGCUUAUUCCACUUAUUCGACCAAGGAAGCUAAUUUUGGUGGCUGGAGAGGAAGCGGAGACUCUAGCACUUGCCGAGGACUGCAAGGCUUUGCUUGCGUCUGGUGAAGGCAAUGCUGUCGAUAUUCUCACUCCCAUCAUUGGUGAGACUGUUGAUGCCAGUGUCGAUACAAAUGCAUGGACACUCAAACUCAGUCGAAAUCUGGUCAAGAAGCUCGCCUGGCAGAAUGUGAAGGGGCUUGGCAUCGUGGCUAUCACAGGUCGCCUCGAGGCUGUACAAAAGUUGCUCGCCGAUGCCAAUAGCAAUGGAGAUGAAGCUAUCAAGAGAAAGAAGCAAAAGAUGAUUGCAGGUGGUAACGAGACUGAUGCUUCUGACAUGGCCGACGAGGCUGAUGUCGAGACCGAGCCUGUGCUUGAUGUGUUGUCGACCAAUCCGUUAGCCAACAAUCAAGUCACAACACAGCCACUACAUGUUGGUGAUCUUCGCCUUGCUGAUCUCCGAAAGCUCAUGCAAGCUUCUGGUCAUGCAGCAGAGUUUAGGGGUGAAGGUACACUGUUGGUUGACGGGGCUGUUGUUGUUCGCAAGACUGCUAAUGGCAGAAUUGAGAUUGAGGGAGGCAACUACAUGGCAUCUGCCGGACGCCGCGAAAGCGCAUUCUUUGCCGUCAGGCGCAAGGUAUCCCUUGAUCAAUCAACACUUCCCACACGAGCAACCCUCCACCCUACACUUGGAAACCAUACAGCUACCAACCAGUUGGCCCUCCCCACCACCUCCAAUGCCAAUCUUGCUCGCCAUGCCCAUCUUGGUUGCCCCUUGUGUCGCCGUGCCCGUCAAAGCCUCGCCCCUCAAAGGCAUGGCGGUCGCUGGCUCAAACACAGCAGCCAAAGGCAAGGAACUGGUGACUACAAUCAAGACAACUACAGCCAUCAAAGGCACCUCUUCCAAGACGGUGACAAAGACUGCUUCCAAAGCUGCAUCUUCAGCUGCCAAAGCACCUUCUGCACAUGCCUCUUCAUCAGCAAGAGCACCACCCUCCAAACCUGCUUCUUCAACUCCCGCAAAGUCCACGGCUUUCAAGACAUCCAAAAGAACCUCGUCUUCUACCUCAGCAGCAAAGACUUGUGCCGCAGUCGUUGUUUCCAAAACCGUGGUCUCUACAUCGACAUCUGCCAGCAAAAUUCAGCCACCCCCUCCAACACCUCUUCCAAGACUACAGCAUCCCAAAAAGCAGCAAAGGCAAAAGCCGUCACUGCACCCUGCCCUCCCUUGCCAGGCAUGAAGAUCAUCUACCCAAAACACCACACUUGUCUACACGUCAUCCUCCGCACCAAAGUCUGGGAGAACGGUGCUGUGCCUGCCAAUCUGAUCGCAAAGACAUUCUACGUGCCUUGCGUGUUGAGCGUCUCCGAGUUGAUUGAGCAAUUGAUGGGCGGCGAGGGAGAUAAGUGUAAGGGUUGGGCUUUGACAGAAGUCCAAGAAAAGGGCGAUGGGGUCUUUGUCAAGGGAUGCAGUGUCGAAUAUGGAAGCGACAGGGCUGGGGAAGCACUCAAGGGGGUUGGAUGGAGUGAGAAGAAUGGGGGUGAGAGACCGCCUGUUUGGGUUGUUUUGCACAAGGUUUGA